AAAAACAUGUGAAAGAAUCUAAUGCCAAAUUCAUUUUUAGAUUACAGAGAAAGAUUAAGAGAUUAAUUACAAGAAGAUUAGGAAAAAAAAAGGGGUGAGAAUUCUAGAGGGAGAUACCUUCUUCUUCUCCGAGGAAUCAACCCUCCUCCAUUGCCGAAUUCUCUUUCCCAAGAAAACAAAAGGUUCGAUUUUUAUGGCGUGAUUCUGUGUCGGGUCUGCAGUGGCGGGUUGGAGCGGAGAGAUGGCGGCCGGAGCUCCGGGAAUUCGGUCGGGUCGGGUCGGGUCAUGGGUUCAUACUCGGGUUUUUCCCGGCAUUCUGCUUCUGCUUCUCCUCCUUCAUGGUGUUCAUUCCCAGACAAAACAAAAUACAUUUAACACCACAAAGCCGGGCCAAAAGGUGCCUUCUCCUGUGGUUGAGCUGAGGGGAGUGAGUAGUGACCAAGUUAUCGUUGAUAACGGGAUUGUUCAAGUCACGUUUUCGAGUCCACAAGGCCUAAUCACGGGAAUAAAAUACAAUGGAGUAUACAAUGUGCUGGAUGUCGAAAAUGACGAUCGCGGGUAUUGGGACGUUGCUUGGUAUGAACCGGAGAAAGAGCUAAAAAUUGACAAAUUAGAAGGUACCGAGUUCAAUAUCAUAACUCAAGACGAAGAACAAGUCGAGAUUUCUUUCACAAGAAGAUGGAACGUGUCGUACCGUGGCUCGUUAGUCCCGUUGAAUGUGGACAAAAGAUACAUAAUACGAAGCGGAGUGUCCGGUGUAUACAUGUACGGCGUGUUGGAGAGGUUAGAAGGGUGGCCCGACGUAGACAUGGACCAAAUCAGGAUUGUGUUCAAGCUCAACCCAAAAAAGUUCAAAUUCAUGGCGAUCUCGGAUACUCGGCAACGAAGCAUGCCCUCGUAUGCGGACCGUGACAUCGACAGUGGUCGAGCUAAGCCUCUCGCCUUCAAAGAAGCCGUUCUCUUGACAAACCCUCGACAGCCGAUUUUCAAAGGAGAGGUGGACGAUAAAUAUAUGUACUCAACUGAAGACAGAGACAACAAAGUGCAUGGCUGGAUAUCAUGGGACCCACCGAUGGGGUUCUGGAUGAUCACUCCGAGCGAUGAGUUCCGCUGCGGUGGGCCCAUCAAGCAGGACCUCACCUCCCACGUGGGCCCCAUCACCCUCUCCAUGUUCAUAAGCACGCAUUAUGCGGGGAAGGAGAUGGAUACGGAAUACAGAAAUGGGGAGCCAUGGAAGAAAGUAUUUGGUCCUGUCUUUGCUUAUCUCAACUCUGUCUCGCCCAAAGACACUAAUGCUUCACUUCAUCUAUGGAGAGAUGCCAAAAGACAGAUGCUUGUGGAGGUCCAAAGUUGGCCUUACAGUUUUGUGAAUUCACAAGAUUACCCUCUUUCUCACCAAAGAGGUUCCGUCAGGGGCCAUCUCUUUGUCAAGGACAGUUACGUUUCUAGACGUAGUACGUAUGGGCAAUUCGCUUUCGUGGGUUUGGCGCCAUGUGGUGAAGCUGGGUCUUGGCAGACUGAAACUAAGGGAUAUCAAUUUUGGACGCAGGCUGAUAGGAGAGGGAGAUUCAUGAUAGAGAAUGUCAGAGAAGGGAAUUAUAGUCUAUUCGCAUGGGUUCCUGGCUUCAUUGGCGACUACAAAUAUCAGUAUGACGUCACCAUCACGCCAGGUCAAGAGGUGAAUUUGAGAGCCCUAGUGUACGAGCCACCGAGGAACGGUCCGACUCUAUGGGAAAUCGGUGUACCGGAUCGGACCGCCGGUGAAUUCUUUAUACCGGAUCCUUACCCUACCCUCAUGAACAAGCUCUAUGUUGACAUGGUUCAAGACAAAUUUAGGCAAUACGGGUUAUGGGAUCGGUAUGCAGAUUUAUACCCUCGAGAUGAUCUUGUGUACACAAUUGGAGCUAGUGAUUACAGAAAGGAUUGGUUCUUUGCCCAUGUUACAAGGAACGUGGGAAACAAUACGUACCAAGCAACAACGUGGAAGAUAGUAUUCGAGCUAGGAACAGUGAACCAGGCCGGGAAUUACACUUUGUGGAUAGCUUUGGCCUCGGCCAUGGACUCAGAACUUCAAGUUCGGGUCAACGAAGCAAACUCGGAGCCUGUUUUCACGACAGGGUUCACAGGGAAGGACAACGCCAUCGCUAGACAUGGCAUACACGGGUUGUACAAAUUGUACAGUGUCGAGAUUUCAGGAAGCAUACUAAGGGACGGUGAAAAUACAAUAUAUUUGACUCAGUCAAGGAGCAGAAGCAUGUUUCAAGGGGUUAUGUAUGAUUAUAUCCGUCUUGAAGGCCCUCCUUGAAAUUGAAAACUAAUAUAUAGAGGUCAUAAUAUGUACAUACCAUAUCUAGGCAUUUUGAAAAUCUGUUUUAAUUUAUUAUGUUAUCGAUUAGUUUCAUUCAUUCACAAGAUAAUAACAAGGGUGAUAUACUAACCCUUUGUUUGAUUAAUGCAAGUCCUCUAUCUUCUUA